AUGUCUGAGCGCAAAGAGGAGCAGGCUAAGGGCAAGUGCCAGAGUAUUCCUCUGGAUGUCAAGAUCCAAGUACUGGACCGCCUGGAUAAAGGAGAGCGCCAGGUGGAUAUCGGGGCAGAUCUCCAUUUGCCUACCUCCACUAUCCGCACUAUCCUUAAAAACAAGGAUAAGAUCCGCACUUCAGCGACGACCAGCAAUGCUUCUUCACCCAAGAAGAUCACCCACUCCAGGUCCUACGCUCUUGAGGAGAUGGAGAAGAGGCUUUCCAUAUGGAUAGAUGAUGAGCUGGAGCGUAACAUGCCUCUCAACCAGGCCAUCUUGAUGGAGAAGGCGAAGAGCAUUUACGCUCACAUACAGAGUCAAGAUCCAGAUGUGAUGGAGAGUUUUGCAGCAAGUAGAGCUUGGUUUGACCGCUUUAAGAAAAGGUACAACCUCUACAACCUUAAGAUCACCGGUGAAGCGGCAAGUGCGGACACUGGAGCUGCUGCAGCUUUUCCAGCCUCUUUAAAGGACGUGGUGGAUAGAGGGAGCUAUCCACCGGAGGUUGUCUUCAAUGUGGAUGAGACCGGGCUCUUCUGGAAGCGGAUGCCAACCGCACAUUCAUCUCCAGAGAGCAGAAGAGAGCACCGGGCUUUAAAGCGGCGAAAGACAGGCUGA